AUGCCACAAAUAGCCGGUGCUCUUCGUCCACGUAUAUACGUCAAUUUAAUCAAAUCGCGGAAGUAGAAUAUACAAGCCUAAAAGCAAACUACAUGUAUGUUUCGUCUUUCUAGAUCGAAAGUUUUUCUAUUAUCAUAAAUAUAGUUUUCGAAUCUAUUUAUAGAAUUCAGAGAAACAUAUAAACCGAGGAAAUCGUGUCUAAAUCAACAAUCUCGAAAGUUUGCUCUUUCGUGCAUAUGUUGUCGUCACUUAUGUCAUUGUCUAAUGAUUUAGUGUUUGCAAAUCAAACCUUCGAGAAGUGUUCAAAGUAAGAGUGAACUUCGAGAGAAAUUUGAAUUUACAUUUUGUGAGAUCUGUUUAGAUUCAGAUUUGCAGGCUCAAUGAUUCGAAUUGAAGUGCUCGAAUUAAGAAAAAUUUAAUGAAAAUCAAACUCGGAUUAAGUUUUGAGUUCAGUCGGUAACUAUUGAAAACGGAACGUUCAAUAUUGUGCAACAACGUAGCAGCAUCAUUAUUCGCAGAAGACUCGAGAUUUCGCGUCGCAAGAUUUUUCCUCUAACGCGACAAUAACGAGAGACAGUUUGAAAUCGUUACAGGAAAUCGUUGCAAAACUAAUCUCUGUUUGCGAUUUCAGCAAUGUCCUUGGAGGAGUCGCGGCGUUCGCAGCGUCCGUACAGAUACGGGAUGGUUCUCCUUUGCGUCGGUGCACUGAUAAACUGGUUAGGCCUCGCGGAGAACUACGUCGAACCGGUACGAUAUGUCGGUGUUGCUUGCAUAAUCGCAGGCGCUCUUCUCAUAUGUGCUGCAAUGUGUUGUUGGCUGCACGCACCGCCAAGUAGGGCAACCAUGCAUACACAACACACAAAUCAUCCAAUCACAGCACAGAUCGACGAUCCGAUUCACGUAAUUUCCAUCGAGGAACCAUCUAGUGGAUCCAGACAAAAACCGCCAGACUACGAGGCGGUCACGGACGCGCCACCUAGCUACGACGAUGCCAUCAAAUUGAAUCCUAGUCAACUACUUACGCCGAACAAUAGCAGCACGUUGUCGUUGCCAACUGUACACAGCAUGGUCCCUAGAACCGUGGAGAUUGUGAAAUAUUUGACACUACCACAUAUGAUCGCAACAAAAGAGGCUUGCGAAAUGCUGGAGGUCCACAGCGUACACCAGCUGAGUACGAGAACACAAAGAAGGGUGCAAACCACUCGUCGUAGCUGUCACAGCACACCGUUAAAAAUGCUAUUAAAGAAAACCAUCGGAAACCAAGAAGCAUCGAUAAAAUUCGAUCAACCCAAAAUCUUGACCGAAGCUCGUAAACAGAGCUCUGUUCACGCGAGUUUCCUUACCUGCGAUGCGACAAGAAUUUGCCAGUGGCAUGGCCAGAGCCGUCGCAACCGGGGAUUGGACAUCUGUUGCCCGAAAUGCCAACAUCACCAUUACCAACACCAUAUAAUCCAUCCACACAGUGUGAAAGAGCGAGCAUGAAACGAGCGGAAACCGCUGUUGCCGGUCACGUGUCCGGAACCAUCGCAUCCUGGCGUGGGACACUUGAGCUCCUGAGAAUGCGCUUGGAUCUGCGAACGAUCGGCACGCGGACAACCGGACAAGCUGCAAAAGGAAACAGAAGUUCCUGCUGUUUCAAACUCGUUCCAGACAACGAGCAAGCAGCGCAGGAAUCGCCAUGGUCAGGAUCACGAACGAACACCUCAGAAACAUCCAACGAUGGCUUCAGCAACACAUCGCAUGCAAUUUACGCGACGUUGCCAAGAAGUCUCGGGUACUUACGUCCAAGCUACCAGCGAGAUGUAAGAAAAUUUCGCUCACCGAGAUCAUCUACACGGGCUGCUCACACGUUCAAUAAUCGUUUCGUAAAUGGAGCAGUCUUCAGCGCGAUUCACUGUGUCGGACGACUUGCCUUGCGUCCAAGAUGCGUAUAUGAAAAUGAAUACCAAUUAACAGUUAACAGUUCAAGACACAGACUUGGUGGAAGCAUCGUAUCAUUGUACGAGCACGAAGCUGCUCAUCAACCGGCGCGGCGAUCGUCUUAA